AUGUCCGAACCAGCACCCAGCGCGUCCGUCGCCGUCCUCCCCUCCACCGAACCCAGCGAAAAAGCCGCCGGCGCCGACACCGCUCCCGCUCCUCGACCGACACCGCCACCACCACCACCACCAGCUCGCAAACAUGCCGCCAACCUCUCGGCGCUCGCCCGCGCCGACGGCUUCAUCGCCCAUCUCCAGCGCUGCAUGCAGACGCGCGCCGGCGCCGACACGGUCCUCAUGUUUGCGUGCUACUCGACGCGCCUCGCUGGCAACGUCCUCGACGCGGCCGGCCGCGCCGCCCUCCGCUCCUCGGCGCGCCAGCUCGUCUCGGCCUUUUUCUCGCUGCCGCCCGCCACCACCGUCAUCCUCGACGGCGCCGCCGCCCCGCCCUCGAUUGCGCUCGCCCUCGGCCUCGCGCGCCGCCUGCAGGCCUACUCGGGCAUGAUCUCCGAGAUGCGCACCAUGGGCCGUCUCUGGGGGCUGCUGGGCCUCUACUCGGCCGUCAAGGGCCUCGCCGCCAAGACAUUUGCUUCAAAGAGCCCUGCGGAGAAGAGCGACGCCUUGAGCGACGACUCCGCCGAGAGGGUGUUUGCGGCGCUGGUGGCCUGGGCGCAGGUCCUCUGCCUCGUCGUCUUCCAGGCGUGCGAAAACGCCGCGUACCUCGGCAGCAAGAAGAUCCUGCCCAUCAAGCCGCUCAACCAGGGCCGCCUGGCGCUCCUGAGCGUGCGCUUCUGGGGCGCGUACGUCGCCAUGGAGGUCGUCAAGCACCUGACGGAGCGCGCGCGCAGGCUGUCGGCGUCGGGCGGCGUCGCCAAGACGGCCGAGCAGAGGACGUGGCAGGAUGGCUGGCGCAAGGCCUUUUACAGAAACGCCGCCUGGGCGCCGCUCACGAUGCACUGGGGCACGCCCGGCGGCCUGCUCCCCGACUUCAUGGUCGCGCUGUUUGCGCUGUAUCCGGCGACGGGCGGCAUGCGGGAUCUCUGGCGCAGCACGGCGUAG